AUGGCGGGAACAGACAGCACCAUUGACAUCCCGGCCCUGGGCCGCCCGUUCCAGCUGGGAAUGCUGUACGACUGCCGCAAAGACUCCCUGAUCCCAGGUAAAGCUGGCAGAGAGGUGGGGAGAUCACUUUGGGUGGGACGUCUGGGGCAGAAAAUGGUAUUUCAUGUGGCAUAUGAAAUACGGAGAGACUUUGGGUGCAUAAACGCCCCCACCCUCCAAAAAGGAUCCUGGGAACUGUUUUCUACCCUCACAGAGCUACAAUUUCAGCACCCGUAACAAAAUGAAGUUCCCAGGACUAGGGGGCUUGAUUUAAAUGUAUCGUACAGUGGUACCUUGGAUCUCAAACUUAAUCUGUUCCGGAAGUCCGUUCCAAAACCAAGGCGUUCCAAAACCAAUGCGCGCUUUCCCAUAGAAAGUAAUGCAGAACGGAUUAAUCCGAUCCAGACUUUUAAAAACAACCCCUAAAACAGCAAUUUAGCAUGAAUUUUAGUAUCCAACAAGACUAUUGGUCCAUAAAAUGAAAGCAAUAAUCAAUGUGCUGUACUAUAAAAUAAAUAAGACAGUAUUGUAGAUGAUAAGAACAACAACAAUAAUAAUAAUACAUUUUUCUUACCUGCACUGAUGACAGUCAUUGUUUGAAUGGGGGGCUUUUAUUAAAAACAAAAAUGCAAAAUAAAUAGCAAAAACAAAAGUGCCAAUCUUAAUCCAUUCCAGAAGUCCGUUUGACUUCUGAAAUGUUCGGAAACCAAGACGCAGCUUCUGAUUAGUGCAGGUGCCCCAGAAGCAACAGCUGACAGUCGCAUCGGGCGUUCGGCUUCCGAGAAACGUUUGCAAACUGGAACACUUACUUCUGGAUUUUUGGCAUUUGGGAACCAAGGCGUUUGAGUACCAAGAUACCACUGUAUAUAUGUCUCACUUGCUCAAUUAUUUGUUCAUUUAGGAAGAGGGCAUACUAUGUCUAUCUCCGUUUCUCUUUUCAGAUUUAAUUCAAAAUAAUAUUUUAGGGUCUUUUGUGCUUUCUCGAUAAUUUUCUGAUUUUCCAACAGUCCUUCGUUCAUUCUCCACCUAAACAAUGAAUUGUCUGUCCCUCUUAACUUCAUUAAAAUUGAAUUAUGAUCCAAAAGAGUUUUUGGCAAAAUCUCUACUUUUACAGUCCUUUAAUGUGUGGUUUUUAUUGUUUUAUAUAUCAUGUUAUAGGACUGAUGGAAUGGUUUUUUUGAUAGUUCUGUCAACAGCUUUGUGACCUGUUCAGUGAUCUUAGGAAUAAAUGAAAUAUAACAACCGCAACUACAGUUAGACUCAUUGAAAUGAAUGGAGGUCUUAACCAUGCCUAGUUUGGGCUGAGCGAUGUCUGGUUUUCAACAUCGUGAUAUAUCACCAGCUAAACAUGUAGAUGGUCAAGGGAGUCGUGGGCUCAAAAAGGUCAAAAACCUCUAUUUUCAUGAGAGCGAUAUGGGAGGGUAUGGUAGUAUGGCCCUAUUUUCAUUGGAAAAAUGUUGGAGGGGAUACAGAUUAUUCCAACAAACCAGUGUUAGUGGCAAGAUGCAUCACUUAUGAUGAUGAUCGUUUAUUAAAUUUGUUAGUCACUUUAUGUAGCCCAAGGCAACUCCAAGCAACUUACAACCAGCCAAAAGAAGCCCAAACCCAGGGGCGUCUUACCCAGGGGCGCCAGGGCGCCAAAUUCUGGAGGGCGCCAGGGAAGAGGCGGAGGCUGGACGCGGCAUCAGCUCGCUGCCCUCACCAUGGCGCGCCGAAGCAGCGCCAUGCCCGGAGCCUCCGUCUGCCGUGGCACAAAGCGGCCAGCCUCCGCUUCUUCCCCACCGGAGGAGCCACCCUCCAGCCGCUGCCCGCCUCCUCCAGCCCCACCAGCAGUGCUGUCCUCCCUAAAAAACUCUGGGAAAAGGGGGGGAGGAGGGGCGGAGGGAGCUUUGCACCACGGCACCGGAUAAAGCUUAAGACAGCCCUGCCCAAACCCCACAAAGAUACAUGAAAAACAAUAGGGAAAGAUACAGUUAAAACACCCCCUUUUAAAAGGCCACAGAUAGUUUGAGGCCAAAGACCUGGUUAUAAAGAUUCUGCCUGGAAGAUAGAUUGAAACUGCAGAGUUUUGAGAAACUAAAAAACAAAGUGCGAGACUGGCUUCAUUAUUAUCAGAUAAUGGAGGCAUACAAUUUGGACAAGAAAAUUGGCUUCCAGGUGGAAAAAUCAAAAUUAGAAACAGAACUGUUAGAACCCAAAACUAAGAUUUUGUCAAAGAUGUAUAACUUGCUGUUGAAAUGGAAUACUCAGGAUGAAACGGUAAAAUCUGCUAUGAUUAAAUGGGCACAAGAUGUUGGUCAUAACAUAAUGAUGGCUGACUGGGAACAGUUAUGGACCACAGGUAUGAAGUUUAUGGCAUGUAAUGCCUUAAGAGAGAAUAUUAUGAAAAUGAUAUACAGGUGGUACAUGACACCAGUCAAGCUUGCAAAAAUCUAUCAUUUGCCCGAUAAUAAAUGUUGGAAAUGUAAAGAAACUGAAGGUACAUUCUUUCACCUUUGGUGGACGUGCCCAAGGAUUAAGGCUUUCUGGGAGAUGAUUUAUAACGAAAUGAAAAAGGUAUAUAAAUAUACCUUCCUGAAGAAACCAGAGGCCUUUCUCCUGGGCAUGGUCAGCCAAUUGGUGCCAAAGAAGGACAGAACUUUCUUUAUGUAUGCCACAACAGCAUUAACUAAUUAACUAAUUAACUAAUUGAAGUGGAAUACAAAAAAGGGAGGUGUGCGGAGGUCAGGGAAGCAAGGAAAUGAAAUGUAAGGCAUGGAAAGAUUGAUGUGUUUUUUAUCUUUUUUCUGUAUUUUGUAUUUUUUCUUUUUUAUUUCUUUCUUUUUUUCUUUUCUUCUUAUCUAUGUAAUCUUUUCUUUGAAACCUUAAUAAAUAUCAUUAUAAAAAAUAAAAAAAAAAGAUUCUGCCUGGAACCUAAAGAUAUGUAAUGGUGGUGCCAGGCGAGCAUCCCUGGGGAGAGAAUCCCACAAAUGGAGCUACUGCAGAAAAGGCCCCGUUCUCGUGUUGCCACCCUCUGGACCUCUUGCGGAGGGGACACACAAAAAAAGGUAUUCUUGGUUGAAAUAGAAGAUCAGAACGGGGAACAGGAGAGAGUUUCCCUAUGCUCAGCUAUGAAGAGAAACAAAUCCAUCUUCUGAGAGCGAUGAAGGUGGCAAAUCAGGGCUCAUCCAUACUUUCGCUUGACCCAUAUUUUCUGUACAGAUCUCUGGGUCCGAGAGCUUUCCUUGUUCUUUGGCAGGUGUGACUUGCAAAAGCCGAUCUCAGCCACUAACUGAAGCUCAGUUCAGCACAAUCUCUCUUUGCAUCUAAUCCAUGCAUCUAAUAAGAUCUGAUUCAGUGGCUAAGAUCGGGUUUUGGCAAUCACAGCAAUGGAGCAACGAGAAAAGCUCUCGGACCCUGGUGGAAUUAAUUGGCACAUGAUACAAUCAAAAUAAAGGUCAAGGGAAAGUGGGGCGAGACCCUGAAUCAUCUCUGGUCAAACGGCUUAGGAGUCAUUUUGGAAACCUUUACAAAGCUGCACAAAACUGCUCAAGCGGGGAUGAUAAUGGGAGAAAAGAAAUGUGUGCCCCAUCCUGGGCAACGAUGGCUCUAUGGGGCCACUUUUAACACAACUAUUUCCCUAUGCAGGCUUAAGCGUUUUGGAUAGAGGGGAUCGAUAUUUAUCUGAACAUCACUAAAACCUUGUGUGGUUGUUUCUCUGUUUGAUUCCAGGAAUCACCCUUUGGGACCAAGACUCCCUUCAGAAGGACCUGGAUAUCAAACCCCAGCCCAAGACGGAAUCUGAGAUCAUUGCUUCUGACUCCAUCGAUGAUAAGGCCUCUGCCCUCAAUGUCUCUGCAUCUCUCAAGGCCAGCUUUUUGGGUGGAAUGGUUAAAGUGGAAGGGUCAGCCAAGUACCUUCAAGACACCAAGCAGUCCAAGCAACAGGCCAGAGUCACUCUGCAGUACAAAGUUACCACCAAGUACUCACAGCUGACCAUGAGCCAUUUGGGAAUCCAAAAUGUCUCUUAUCCAGCAGUUUUCGACCAUGGCACAGCCACCCACGUUGUCACUGCCAUCUUGUAUGGAGCCCAGGCUUUCUUUGUGUUUGACCGAAAUGUCUCUUCUUCCGAGUCCGUGCAAGACAUCCAAGGAAGCCUCAAAGUUAUGAUACAGAAGAUGGUCACUAUUGAAGGCGAGGCAGCCCUCCACAUGAACGACCAGGAAAGAAACCAUGCAAGUCAGUUCAACUGCAAGUUCUAUGGAGAUUUUUCUCUGGAGAGCAAUCCAGUGACUUUUCAAGAUGCCAUGAAAGUCUACACUGCUCUGCCCAAAAUGCUGGGUACCAAUGGGGACAAGGCUGUGCCUGUCAGAGUUUGGCUGUACCCACUGACCAAGCUGGAUUCCAAAGCAGCUAAGAUGGUGCGUGAGAUCAGCUUAGCACUCAUCUAUGAUGCCCAAACCGUCAUGGAGCAACUGAGUGAAAUCGAUAUGAGAUGCAAUGAUCUGGCUGCUAAUCCCAUUGCUAGCACCUUCCCAGAAAUAAAGUUGAAAAUCAAGAGAUUCCAGGAUUUCUGCAAGCAACACAGGCAGACUUUCCAGCAAGAUCUGGCAGGAAUCUUGCCUUUGAUCCGGGGAGGGGGGAAAGAGGAAAGAGUUCUGGUAGACAUCUUAACAUCCAUAAAUCAAUCACCCUUCAAUGGACAAAGACUCAAUGAAUUUUUGGACACCAAGGAACGAGAGAUAAAUAUGGUCAAGUCUUACCUUGAUAUCCUGAGUGGGAUAGAAACCAUCUCCUCCCAGAAUAAACUGGAAGAGGUAGUGCUUAACCACCAGAAUGAAUUUGUUGUCUCAUUUACAUUCACCUCUUUACAUGAUGAGGAACCAUUUUUAACCAGCUUACAACACUUUCUUCAGAAACGAUCAGCAGAUCCUACAGGAGUCCAGAAUGCACUGGGGGACUGGCAUGCUUGGUUUGAGCGAAAAGACAUACAGAGAAAAGCUCGGAAAGCUGCCAAGUCCAUUGUUGAUUUUGCCCAAGUCAAUGAAUCCAAUGGGAAGACCCGGUUCCUUGUGGCUUCUGUCCCAGAUCAGGACAACCCAGGAGCUUCCAUUUACCUCUAUGAAGAUGGGGAGAUGGUCAACAGCAACUUUGAGCUGCCCUCAAAACCUCUCCCUCCCCUGGUUGGCCGAAUUGGACAUGACCAUGUGCAGCUGACAUUUCAACCCGCAGAGUAUGGGAGGGCUUCAAUCUCCAGCUAUCAGGUAGAAUACAAGACUGCAGGAGAAGGAAACUGGGAGAUUGUGAAUACAGACAACAGUCAGGAGACAUUCCACGUGAAAGGGUUGAGGCCGGACUCAGAAUACCAGUUUCGAUACACUGCUAGGAGCAAACCAGGACUUAGUGAGACUAGUGAUUUGAGUAGAUCUGUAAAGACACUUCCUACCAGCCCUCCUGGGAAACCGAGAGUGAUAAUUGCAGAGUCUUCCAAAAUCAGUCUUCUCUGGGAGAGCCCAAAGGUCAUUGGAGCUGAUAUAAAGGAGUACAAAGUGGAGUACAGGGGGCUGGUGGGCGAUAAGGACAGAUGGAAAGAAAAAAGAACAGGGACAAGAACAGAGUGCUGUCAGCUGGAUGGGCUGAAGCCUCACAGAACCUACAGACUCAGAGUCUCCGCUGUAUGUUUUGAUGGGGCUGAGAGUGAGCCCAGCGAAGAGACUGAGAUUUCCACAGCAAUGGAAGAAGAAGAAGACAGGGCAAAUAUACUAGCUCGAAAAUACCUCCAGGAAAGCACCCUGGUGGAAGAUGGGCAACCAUCCGUGUAUGUACUUCCCCUGGAGGCCACCUCAGAUAGAUCGGCCCCCAUCCAAACAUACCAGCUAGGAAAAGAGAACCUGCAGGUCCCCAACAAAGUAAUCGUGAUGAUGGGGGCAACAGGGUCAGGGAAAACCACUCUCGUCAAUGCCAUGAUCAAUCAUAUCCUGGGUGUGCAAUGGGAAGAUGAUUUCCGAUUCAAACUCAUUCAGGCUGAAAGUCAGUCCUCAGAAGUGACCGCCUACGUAGUGCACCACCAGAAGGGUUUUGAAGUCCCUUAUUCUCUCACUUUCAUUGACACUCCAGGAUUUGGAGACAUGGAAGGUAGGAAGAAGUACAAACAGAUAACAAAGCAGAUCCGGGAGUUUUUCUCCACCCCGGGAGGAACGGAUCAUGUCGAUGUCAUCUGUAUUGUACUUCAGGCCUCCAGUGCUGCCUUAACUCGUGCCCAGAAAUACGUCUUUGACUCUGUGCUCUCCAUUUUUGGGAAAGAUAUAAGGAACAACAUCCAGAUCCUGAUCACCUUUGCAGAUGGACAUUCUCUUCCUGUUUUGGAAGCCAUGAAGAAGGAGGAUGUGCCAUGCAUUAAAGAUUCCAGUGGUAGCCCAGUUCACUUCAAAUUCAACAAUUCAGCUCUGUUUGCCAACAAUUCUGAAGAGAAUGAAGGGAACCUAAAUCCUAAUGACAAGUUCUGGAAAAUGAGCACCGCAAGCAUGAAGACAUUUUUUUGA